AUGGAGGUCGCACGGGGAAGAACAGACGAGGAGAAGCAGGCGGCGGCGAAAGCAGAGUACGAGAAGCUCUUGACAAUGCGAUCGGGGGGAACAUAUAUUCCACCGGCGCGUCUUCGAGCCCUCCAGUCUCAGAUCACGGAUAAGACCAGCAAGGAGUAUCAGCGCAUGGCAUGGGAAGCUCUGAAGAAGUCUAUCAAUGGCUUGAUCAACAAAGUCAACGUUUCGAACAUCAAAUACAUAGUCCCGGAGCUGUUUGGGGAAAACCUGAUCAAAGGUCGGGGCCUCUUUUGCAGAAGCAUCAUGAAAGCGCAAGCUGCAAGUUUGCCGUUCACUCCGAUCUAUGCAGCCAUGGUCGCCAUCGUCAAUACAAAGCUUCCCAAUGUUGGUGAGCUUCUCCUCAAGCGCCUGAUUGUGCAAUUCAAGAAAGGCUUCAAGCGGAACGACAAAGCAGUUUGCCUCUCCGCUACCACAUUCAUUGCGCACUUAUGCAACCAGCAAGUAGCACACGAAAUGGUAGCAGUACAAAUGUUGCUACUGCUACUGAACAAGCCCACGGACGACAGUGUUGAGAUUGCGGUUGGUCUGACGAGAGAAGUCGGACACCACUUGGAAGAAAUGAAUAUGGCGGUAUCGAUUGUGGUCUUCGAUAGAUUUCGGGGCAUCCUCAAUGAGGAGGAUAUUGACAAGAGGGUUCAGUACAUGAUUGAGGUUCUUUUCCAAGUACGGAAGGACAAAUACAAGGACAAUCCAUCAAUCAAGGAGGAGUUGGACCUUGUCGAAGAAGAUGACCAAAUCACACAUAGGAUUUCAUUGGACGACGAAAUCGACGUACAGGAUGGACUCAAUGUUUUCAAGUUCGACCCUAGUUGGGAGGAAAAUGAAGAGCUAUAUCAACGGACGAAGGCUGAAAUCCUUGGCGAAGGAAGUGAUGAGGAAGGAGACGAAGACGAGAGCGAUGAUAGUGACGAUGACGAAGACAAGCAGGAAGAAAAGGCCCUAGAGAUUAAGGAUCAGAGCAAUGCUGACCUGGUCGCUUUACGGAAGACUAUUUACCUGACCAUCAUGUCAAGUAUCGACCCAGAGGAGUGCUGCCACAAACUGAUGAAGGUUUCGCUUCCAGCAGGCUUCGAGCAUGAACUACCAUCCAUGAUUAUCGAAUGUUGCUCUCAGGAGAAGACUUACUCCAAGUUUUACGGCCUGAUCGGUGAACGGUUUGCGAAAAUAAAUCGACUCUGGACGGAUCUUUUCGAGCAGUCGUUUGCCAAAUACUACGACACGAUUCAUCGGUACGAGACAAACCGUCUACGAAACAUAGCUCGAUUCUUUGGCCACUUGCUGAGUUCCGAUGCUUUUGGGUGGCACGUGUUUUCUGUCAUCCAUUUGAACGAGGAAGAGACCACUUCGAGUAGUCGUAUCUUCAUCAAAAUUCUGUUCGAAGACCUGGCCGAAGAAAUGGGUAUGCCAAAAUUGCAAGCUCGUUUAAAGAAUGAUGCUCUUCGUCCGUAUUUCGAAGGCAUUUUCCCUCGUGACAAUCCACGGAACACGAGAUUCUCUAUCAACUACUUUACUUCUAUCAAGAUGGGCCCAGUCACUGAGGAGAUGCGAGAGUAUUUAGCCAACAUCCCUAAGCCAGCUCUGCCAGCACCACCACCCGCUGAUUCAUCGGACUCGGAGUCAAGCUACUCAUCGUACACGGGAUCUUCAUACUCGCGAUCGCGGAGUCGAUCCUUUAGCAGAUCCCCCCCACGAAAGGCACAGGCAAAUAAAAUCUCGCUCCUUGUCUCGCUCAAGAUCCCUAUCCCCAUCAAAAUCACCCCCACCGCGUCGAAGUCGACCAAGAUCUUGGACGCCAGAUCGAAGUCCAUCACCACCACCAAGGAGACGCAGGAGUCAGUCACCGAGGGGCCGAAACCGAAGCCCAUCACCUGCUCCCAGGAGACGAAGUAG